CAAAAUAUGGUUAUACGGCAUUUGUUGGCAAAGUGGCCUGGAUCCAUCCAUGAUUCAUUCAUAUUCAACACCAGUGAUAUCAAUGCUUACCUGGGUGAGGGCAGGGCAAGUGGAUGGCUUUUGGGAGACUCGGGAUACCCCUUGAAACCCUACCUAAUGACACCGGUCAUGAAUGAGCAGACAGAGGCAGAGAGGAAGUAUAAUGUGGCACACAAAAGGUGCCGUAGCCGUCAGGAGAGGCUUUAUGGUAUAUGGAAAGGAAGAUGGAGAUGCCAUGAUAAGAGUGGGGGAUAUCUUCAGUAUUCCCCUGAGAGAGUGGUGAUGUUUGUGAAGGCCACUGCUGUGCUGCACAACAUAUGCAGGAUGGCUAAUCUCCCGGACCCUGAAAACAUCCCGGUUGAAGAUGUGGAGGAAGGCCAUGAUGGCAUAGGCCUACAUGAUGGUGCACAGACUGGCAGAACUGCCAGAAACAACUUAAUUGCACAUUAUUUUACAAGAUAAUUAAA